AUGCCGCGCCGGCAGAGGGAGGCAACCGAGGCGGCGAUUGACCUGGUCGAGGCGGCGCUGGGGGACUGGUGCAAUGAAGUGCGCGAGGUGCCCGUAGAAGCCAAGUACAAGUCGAAGAACCUCGAGGCGGAGCGGCGGCGCCGGACCAAGCUCAACGGGAAGCUACUCGCGCUCAGAUCGCUAGUUCCCAGAAUCACAAAGAUGAGCAAGGAAUCGACCUUGAUGGACGCGAUAAGUUAUAUCAAAGAGCUGGAGCAGAAGAAAGCUGAGCUGCAGAUGGAGCUCGCUCAGAUUCCAGACGAGGAUGGUGGGAAGCAAGGAAGCCUUUCGAGCACCGGGACGAUGACGGCGACGACGAUUAUGCAGGGAAAAGUUGAGCUGAGUCCAAUCGGCGUCAACAAGUACCAUUUAGGGAUAAUCUUCAAGAACAAGGAGGGUGCAUUCGUGAAGCUGUUGGAGAGUUUGAGCAAAGUCGGAGCUGAGGUGACUGCUGUCAGCUCUGUGGCCUUCUCUGGUUUUUCAGAGACUGUCCUCUGCAUUGAGGUUAAAGAUGAAGAAAGGUUUUCCAUGGCGCAGUUGAAGCAGCAGCUUUUAUCCAUGGUUUGAGCAGCAGCUAGAAGAUACAAAAUUAUUAAAACAUGAGAAAAAUAUUUAUUGCUUACGGUGGGAAAAU